AUGGACAGUCCCACGGGGACCCAGGGCCACUUCUCAAAGGGCCUCCUGCUCUCAGCCUCAGUCCUGGCCCUCUGGAUCCCCCAAGGCUCCUGGGCAGCCCUCCACAUCCAGAAGAUUCCAGAGAAGCCUCAAAAGAACCAGGAUCUCCUCCUCUCUGUCCAGGGCAUCCCAGACACCUUCCAAGACUUCAUCUGGUACCUGGGGAAGGAGACAGACGGUGGCACAAGGCUGUUCACCUACAUUCCUGAUAUACAGCGGCCCCAGAGAGACGGCAACGCCAUGCAGCAACGUGACAUCGUUGGCUUCCCCAACGGCUCCAUGCUGCUGCAUCACGCCCAGCCCGACGACAGCGGCACCUACCACGUGGAGGUCACCAUCAACCCUUCCUGGACCAUGCGGGCCAAGACUGAGGUCCAGGUGGCCGGAAAGCUUACGGAGCUGCCCGUCACACACCUGCCCAUGAGCACUGCGAUCGUGGCUGCCAUCCUCAUCGGAUCUCUUGCUGCCGGGUCCCUCCUCAUCGGCAGCAUUGCCUAUCUCCUGGUGACAAGAGGCUGGCGGAACCAGAGCCACAGAGCGUCUGCUCCAGGAGGCCAGGGGUCUUUGUCGGCCUUGUUCCCAGCUGUGUCCCAAGUAACUUCAACGGUACCCAGCUCAUGGAUGGCGACCACAGGGAAACCGGAGCUGGGCCCCAGUCAUAACACUGACGACGACAACAUCUAUGAGGUGAUGCCGUCUCCGGUGCUGGUGUCCCCCCUUGGAGGCACGGUGUCCGUGAACGCCAUGCCCCUGCCCCUGCCCCCACCCCUGGAGCCAGUGCCAGAGAACCACCACUACCAGGACCUGCUGAACCCCGACCCUGCCCCUUACUGCCAGCUGGUGCCAACCCCCUGA